UCCCUUGUACUUUUUCUAACGUCCGGCUAAUAUUUCCAAACUUGCAAACUACAUCUCCCCAAAUUCGUACGCGAUUCCUCUUAUUCUGACUCUUCCUAAUCUGACUACCUUCGCACAACACUCUACGCCGAAUAACGUUUAUUUUUACCGCCAUCUGCCCAAGCCUAUCCUUUCGCGCGCGUCGUUUCCGCCUGCCAGCCAGCCACCCCACCAGUGCAUCACGCAGAGACUCAAACCUGCCUUGCGCCUCCCAAUCAUAUAGAAAUCAUGGCGCGCAGUUCCCCUAUUUGGCAACUUCUCCCACUUUUCAUUACCCUCGUCAUUCUAGGUGGCAUUGCGUUUGUCAUCUAUCAUAUCUACCUGUCUGUAACCAAGAUGUCAGAACAUGCCACGGAGCGCAUGGGCAAGAAAAACGUCGUCUUUACGAAGGACGGCAUGAAGGUUGGCGUGAAGGAUAUUCAGAAUGAGAAGUACGUUGAUAAGACUCAAAGCUAUGUUGUCAAGGCGUGGAAUCUUGGCGUUCAAGAAAACAAUGCGGCAGCAAAGCGGAAAUAAAACAGUUAUGAACUAAGCACACAAACGAUAACAUUAUAGGCACAAUGGUUUAGCAUCUUUUGAUACCAGCCCUUUAUCAGUCAAGGGCUUUGCCAGUCUUACAGGAUAAAGCAAAAUGACUUUGGGAGUUUCUAGCAGGCAGCACUACACGCAUAAUGAAUACCAAUACCAUCAUUCCUGCAUGAUUUUUCGCCUGUUUUACGCUACAAUUUAAUAAAAAUAUUAUACAUCAUGCAUUAUGAGCCCAUGGGUAUGAUAUUGAAGGAUUGGACGCUUUUGUAACGGUCUCAACUGAGUAUAUUGACAACUAGCUGAGCGACCACUACGAGUAUCCGAAGAUGAAGAAGAAGGGAUCGAAAAGGGGCUAUUCCAGCUAGCUGGAAUAGC